CGAUAUUGUCAGACUGUAUCGAUACUGUCAAACUGUAUCGAUACUGUCAAACUGUAUCGAUAUUGUCAAACUGAAUAACGGUUAAACUAACUUGUUAAAUUUACCUGAAUCAAAGAAAUAUUAAAUCGUGUCCAUAGCGUUUGAUUUCCUGUGACUGCGACGUGGUUAAUCUACAGCAUCAGAUAGUACAGAUAUAGUUACAGCGCUUGUAUUUUCAUUUUUUUUUAUUUGAUACCUCAUCAACACCCUCACUUAUAACCUCAUCGACCAAGAGCCGGAUAAUUGUAGAGAGCCAGCGCCAGCAGUCCGUGUCUGGAACGUCCCAUACAACAGUAGAACAUUAUUUUUGCUUAUUUAUUUUGCUUUGUGGAUACAGAGAUCGUAAAUGAAAAGAAAGUGUAUAUGUAAAAUAUGAGGUUUAAUUAAAAGUAAAUUUGCAGCCGUCCGAAAUCAUUUUCGAAGCCGGCUGAUAACUAAAAAGAGAAAUGACUGAUGCAUAUAAUAACCUGGCAAAUAUUUCAUAUCACUAGACCAUAUAUGGCCAAUACCGAAUACGAUAUUUUCGGUGCUGUGUUUGUUUACUUUGCUAAACGAAAUACGCCUGCGCACUCUCUUAUGAAUUAGCGAGUCAUUAGUUUUAAUCGGGUUUUCGCUAUAAGAACCUGACCCAAAUAUGGUAUUUUCCAUGAAAUUGUAAUAAUGUGUCAGAGGUAGACUCAUGUGAUCAAGUAAAGACCUACAAUAUAGUACGUAAAUGUGCAUCUAAAUGUAGAAAGGCUUUAUUUGAUUUACACUGAAUUAAGAAAAGAGACAUUGGCCACUACACCCUGAUUUAUUUUAUUUCAUGUUUAGCUGAUUGUGGCUUAACGGCGUACUCAAGAAUUUUCCCCCUUUACGAUGGCGUUCAGUUUUAUGGUAGGAUUAAACCACAAAUCUUUGGCAACCUACUGAUGAACUUCCCCACGUGUUGUACAGGUGUGCAUACUAUAUAUGUGAGAGACAGGUUGCCUUCAACAAGUGUAAGACUCGUGUAUUGUUCCCAAGGCCAGACAAGGAAUGAGAGCGGAUACUACGCUCAGUACACUACUCACUGCACUAUUUUUGCACAAUGGCUUCAGCUAACAAGACCAAUCCUGAGAUCCUCCGUUUGUUUUCAAAUGAUUUUAACAUCGCCUUUUCAUUAAUUAGGCAAAUAGCUUUAGAAAUUUAUAUCUGGUCGGUAUAUAGGCAGUCCUAUUUGUGUAUGAUGGCUCUCCACUGGACGGAUAUCAAACAGGCGUUUAUGAGGUGGACAGGAAAUGUUUAAAACUAAAUGAUAUGGGCAAAACGCCCGGCCUUAACCUACUUUGAAGGCAAACUUCAGAUAAGCGAAAAAUUUCCUGCAUCUAAAAAUACUUAUCCAAAAAUGACAAGAACCAACAUUCAAAUGUUAAAUGUGUCACCUUAUUUAUUACCUGUGAUAAUAAUGUAUGUGCAAUGUCUUAUGAAAAAAAAAACGGUGACAUCUUCGCAUUUUUUUUAUAACUUUUCGUACUUUAUGAAUUGAUUGUCUUUAUCUGCGUUCUAUGAUUUUAUGAUUUUUUGUGUUACUUUGUUUUUAAAAUAUAUCCAUUUAAUAACUCUUGAGCUAAUGUUUAAAUGUUUGUAGUCUAUCAUAUGGCUAAUAAAUAAAUCCUGAAUCCGUAUAGCUUGAUCAUUAACUCAUUGUGAAAAAAACCUAAAGCUGAUUGCACUCUAUUACUCAGAUAGCCGUUACAGAAUAUUCUAUGUACCCCUUCAUAGAGCUAUUGUAUCCGGGGUUAUACCGGUGCGUGUCUUUGUAAUCUGAAAGUACAGAUAACCGUUUCAAAAAAUUAAUAAAAAUGGAGAAAAGCUAUCUGCAUUUUUUUCCGAAAUGUUAGUUUAUAAGCGUGGCUAUUGCGAAGUUUUGUUUUAUUUGUCCAGCUUUUAAAAUUCAUAAAGUAGAUAAAUUGGUAAAGUUUUCUGCUUUGUACCAAAGAGCUGAAACGCAAUACGUCGUUGACCUUGACAGCCACAUGGAUUUUGUCCAGAGAAGAUAUUUCAUUUGAUUUCAGCCAAAUUCCGCUUUGUGUACGCUUAUUGUUGUCUGCUAUGUAAACUCUUAUUUUAGUUGUACCCGCUAUAACCUAGUUUUCGUGGCAUGACCCCUGAAUUCUUGCCACCGAUAAUGUCGCUACCUGAUACCUGAUGAUUUAUGAUUUUACAGUUUCUAUGCUCUAGUGACACUUGAGGGGUACUGUAAAUCCUGUUGGAUACGUGCCAAAAACAUGCAUAGGCCCUAUUUAUCACCAUGUCCAAAUGCUCCAAGCAGUCAAUAACGGGUAGGGAUCGGGGCAGGAAUCGAGACAAAAACUCUGAAACUGUUUCAGGUGAAGAAAUCAAGUUUUAGUCCUCAGUGGGGUCACAGCUUUUUUAGUCAUAGUCACAUCUAUAUAGUCACACGUCCUCAAUACUGUUAUGUCCACUUUGUUCAAUGCAUGAAUUAUCCAUUUUUCUGUUAUUCUGUUUAUAAUGAGUGGUACAAGAAUGCGGUAUACACUUACAAUAUACCUCUGUAGCUCUUCGCAUAUAAGUUGUUUGUGUUUUGGCGUAACCCAUUAGACUGGUUGAUGGUGGAUUCAUUGUUCAGAUGCGUGUGUUUUGGGUUAUAUUCUCACUGAAUAGUCUGUUUAAAUUUGUGAAACUGGAUGAAAAAAGACAUGCUAAAGCAUGAAGUUUGAAGUUUGCGACUACUUGUACAUGCCCCCACCACACUGGUCCGAUUAGAAAAUAAAGUAGGUCUACGACGCUUCGAAGUGGGGUAACUUCUCCCAUAUAAGGAAGUAAAUCGGAUAGAUAUCACACAGGUCGUCGUAAGGCCACGUCUAAAUCAUAGGUGCCUGCGUGCUGAACCGAGAGCUUGUUUUUCUCCCAGUUAUGCUGUCCAUCUUUCUUGUUUUAGAGAAUAUACCUGAGAAUAUAUAUUAGAAAUGUUGCAAGAGUAAAACAGACAAGAGCAUCCGCAGAUAUGGGCAAUGCCUUGAGCACCUUGGUUGAUGUGUACGGGAUGUCAGAUGAAUGCGGGCAAGAGGAGAGACACGCGGUGGAGAACGAGGACCAGAGUCUGCUAGAAGACGAGUAUAUGGAGGAGAGCCUGACAAAUUUCAGAGAGGAAAUCCGCCUUUUACUGACCUCGUGUUCAAACGUUCACAGAGAGUUUGCGAAAACCUCGGUUUAUGAGGAAUUACGAUGUCGCGUAUUGCAAGAGGCUACUAUCGGCGUAACAGUGAUUGGAAACACCGGGGACGGGAAAACAACCGCCGUGAAGGCUUUGGCAUGGGAACUCUACCGUACCAGAGGCUUUCUUCCCAUGGAAGCGCGCAGUGUUCAAGAUAUUAAAGAGCUUUACGAAUCUGACAAAAAGCUACUCUUCUUAGUUGACGACCCAUUUGGUGCCUAUCGAGUUUACUGGGAUUUUGUAAAAGACUGGGUAAUCAGAUUUAGCCAGCUGGAUAAAUUCAUCAGUACUGGCAAUGUGAAAAUAAUAAUCACUACUCGAACCCAGAUUUGGGAAGAAUGUAAAUUUGACUUCAAACAGUGCCAACCGUUUGACAAUGUUGUAGAUAUGUCCUCGAUUCGACUGACAACACAAGAUCGCAAGGCUAUCCUCAGGAAGUGGUUAUUAGCAAAGAACAUCGACAUCAGCAGCUGGCAGUGGAAGUGGAAGAUCGCAAGAAUUGCAAACAUCCCCAGCCCUUUUGGGUUUCCUCUCUGCUGCAAACUGGCAAGUGAACAAGACGACCUUUUACGAGGCAUCGUUUCCUUCUUUGAACAACCUCUAGGAUUCAUUCGAACAGAACUUCGACGUCUAACAGCAAACAGGCCCCAACUAUAUUCUGCUCUUGCGUUGCUUAUGUUAAACGAUGGCUUUUGCAGUCUACGUGAACUGGAUCCCCUUCAGCCUCUGUCUGCAAAUCUAAGUAUCAAGUCCAGAGACAUUCUGCAAGUCUGUGGUCUGGGUACCAACAAUGGCCUACCUUCAGCAGCUCAGGUGCGGCACACCUUGGAGAAUCUCAACGGAACAUUUCUGCAAAAGACGGAUGAUGGUUUCUGUUUCACACACGAAAGUCUUCUGUUCGCAGUCGCACUAGAACUCGGUCAGAUCUGUCCGGAAGUACUCCUAAAGCAUGCGCAUCCGCAGCUUCUGGUUCAGACCAUUCAGACAUGCCGAUCGCUGACCAGAGAUUCAGCAAGCAUGAUUGAGAUUAAGAGAGACCUCUAUCCACAAUUUGCCGCUGUUCUCACUCAAGAACUUCUUCGGGGACAUUUGGACAUGACCUUUUCCAACCAGUCGUGGCUGGAGGACGAAUUUUACGAGAUUUGGGAAAGAUAUGUUUUAUCCGAAGCCAAUGUCGACGAUUUCUUGUUUUCGACAGGUCGUCGCUGGCAGCGCACUAUUCUUCAUUGUGCUGCUCGUAAAGGCUUACUGCGUAUGGUGAAGUUUCUGAUGACGCGUCUGAAAGCGGAUGCAGUGUCUCUGAGGGACGAAGACGGUGUCACCGUCCUUCACUCUGCUGCCAAUGGAGGUCAAGCAAACAUUGUAGACUAUCUCCUGAAACAGGGAUUUGAUCCGAAUGUACAGGAGAACGCUGGGUGGACCCCUCUCUAUGUGUCCGUGUUGUGUGGAUAUACACAAAUCGUUCGGCUGCUUCUGUUAGCUGGAGCUGAUCCAAACAUCAGCACCAUCUAUGGUAGCACCCCUAUGUACGCUGCAGCGCUAUGCGAACACUGGGACCUUAUUCCGCUUCUGCAGUCCUGGGGUGCACGGUCUAUGGAUGAAUACAGCUCGCCUGGCCGUCCUGAGUUCGAUCUGCUGUCUCUCCUUGUGGAACAAGACGAUUCCCCAGUGGCCGCCCUCCUCCGAGCUGCGAGGACUGGUCAGCUAAGUCAAGUCGUCUGGCUCUUGGAUUACGCAGCCAAUGUGAACGACACAAACGUUUGUGGCUGGUCAUCUCUUUACGUGUCCGCUUUGUGUGGCAGAGGUGAUAUUGCCUCGCUUCUCCUCCACAGAGGUGCAGAUCCACGCUUGGCGACCUUCUAUGGCCGCACUCCGUCCUAUGUAGCGAAACUUUGCGGACACACAGACAUUGCUAAAAUGAUCGACUCUUUUGAAAGUGGUUUGGUUGCAGUCUGAUGUCUGAAGGAAAUGCAAUUCACAACUGCAUACUGUUGGUAACAUGCCUGCUGUAUAGUUCCUGGAUAUUGCAUGCAAGUUGUAUACAAGUUCCAAUAUUAUAUGCAUUUAACAAAGGUGGGGAAAUGCUGCCUGAGAGGAAAAACAUAAGAUAUUAAACCGGAAUUGAGUAAAAUUAUUUUAUUAUCUGCCUUUAAGUACGCACACCACAUGCAAAAUAUGACACUGUGGGCUUUUCUUACUCUUAUUUAUCAUCAUCACAGUUAUCGUUUUAUUGUAUUUAUUUUAUCUAAACCAUGCAGCUAUGAGGAUUUUAUUUCACAACAUUAUGUAAAAUGUUUCUUUCGCUUUUCCUUGUUACAAGUUCAUAUAUAUAUAUAUAUAU